CCUGUACAGGUUAAACAAAACAGUCACGGAAAAGAAAUCCUUUGAAUUGGCAAACAUGACACCCGAUCCGUGGAUCAUCAGUAAGUCUGACUAAAUAAUCCUUUGUAGACUACUGCUCCACCUGAAAAACGACAUGCUGGUAACGUGAUGCCUUAUAUAAUGCAGGAUACAGAACUAGUGCGGAUGCAACGCACCUGCUCCAUGAUGCAUUAGAUAUACAUAGUUGCCACGCAUGCACAGGUUAGAUCAAACCAGAACAUACUACUUUAGACUCAGUGUUCAAGAUACGAAGGGGAAUCGACGAUAAAUAAACCGGAGACAAUUAAACGGAGAGACAACGAAGGUUUACGAGAGAGAGAGUUGUUGGUUUUAUUCUGAUCCACAGCACCGGGAGGCAAGAUGCCAGUCCAGAUACCGGACGACACCGAUUUCUUAUCGUUCCGAGAUCAAUGUGAAAGUCAGGACGGAUGGGUCGCCCGGUAUAAUAAAAGUGGAGUGACGGUGUGGUGUCGAGGCGAGGAGUCCAAAACUGUACAGAAACUCAAGAUGAGAAUUGUUUGCAAGGAUGUGACAGCAGAGACACUUUACGAUGUCUUGCACGACACAAGCUACCGGAAAAAAUGGGACAGCAACAUGAUCGACACUUUUGAUAUCGGAAGACUGACGGUUAAUGCAGAUGUAGGAUACUAUUCCUGGAGAUGUCCACAUCCAUUGAAGAACAGAGACUUUGUCACCAUGCGCUCAUGGCUUCCUCUUGGCAAUGACUAUCUGAUCAUCAACUACUCUGUCAAACACCCGGAAUACCCACCGAAGAAGGAUUAUGUCAGAGCUGUGUCAUUACUUACUGGAUACUUGAUCCAAAACAAUGGAGCAAACAGCUGCACUCUCUAUUACUUAACGCAAGUGGAUCCACGAGGGUCUUUACCGAAGUGGGUGGUGAAUAGGGUCUCGCAGUUUGUGGCACCAAAGGCCAUGAAAAAGAUUUACAAAGCCUGCCUAAAAUAUCCUGAAUGGAAACGGAAACAUGACCCAAAUCUGAAGCCUUGGAGGUACCCAGAGCAAAACACUCUACCCUCCAUCAGUGUGGCCGAUCUGACGGUCCAGAGAGCGGAUUCACUGGAAAACAUUGAUGAGAGCGCUCUGAGUGAGGAGAAAGCCCAGCACCAUAGUGAUGAUGAUGAGACCUAAGAUUACUCACAAUGACUCUCUCUUGGCGUGUGUGUGUAUAUAACAGUGAGUUUGUACCACUAUCUGUUGAGAAUGGUCAAUUACAUUCAUUCAUCAUCUUACAUGGAUCGAACAAAAAUAAUGGAUUGAACAAAAUAAUGUAAUAUUGUUUUGCCGAGAUUAUGGCAUUAAAGAUCUUCACUCUGUGUCCAUACACUAAAGAAGAGUCUUACUGUAUUAGAUGUGGUUAAUAAAUGUGACCUUGUCUGUGAAAACCAGGCUAAAGUCUCUUAAUCUAAUUAUAACAUUAGGAGCAUCAACGUUUGAUUUUAUGACCUUACACGGACAAUAUUAAAGAUAUCAAGGUUACAUUUUGACAUAAUGUUCUUUAAAUGUAUAUGUAAUAGUUUAUAUGCAAAUGUAAUAAACAGUAAAUCACAAAAAAUGACUUUAGUUAAGUUUUUACAGGCAGGGUCACAAAUAAGACUUAAAGCUUUAUGAUAUAUGAUUUAAUCAUUCAGCAUAAAAAGGUAUCAAUAAACGUAUUUGCUUCUUCAAAUGAAACAUGGUAUUUAUCUGUUUUACAUUUGUGGAAAAUAUACCACAAAGAAAAUGUGGAUUAUUGAGCAUACAUCUUUAUUAAAGGAAUAAUUUAUUCAACAAUAAACUGUUUUCUCAUUA